UUUGCUCGCUCAUUGGGAGGUUUUCUUCGAUUGAUCGAGCUCCAGGGAUUGAUCUGCUGCCGCAGCUGCUAGAAAUGUGUCUCCGACGAUUGAUUCGCACUAAGACCUCGGAGGAGCGCGAGGUUACCUAUGGCUCUGCCUGUCUCAAGGGCAGAUCCUCGCAUCCCAUGGAGGAUUUCUUCGUCGCCGACUACAAGGAGAUCAAGCAAGGAGACAACACACACGACCUAGGAUUGUUUGCAAUCUACGACGGGCAUCUGGGACACAACGUUCCAGCUUAUCUCCAGAAGAACCUCUUUGACAACAUUCUCAACGAACCAGGAUUCUGGAGCGAUCCCAGCAGUGCCAUUCGAAAUGCCUACGAAAGAACAGACAAGACCAUCCUCGAGAAAUCGACCGACUUGGGCAUUGGAGGAUCCACAGCAGUCACAGCGAUUCUGAUAGACGGCUCCCGGCUACUCGUCGCGAACAUUGGCGAUUCUCGAGCGGUUUUAAGCCGCGGAGGCGAGGCUUUGCAACUCUCGGUGGAUCACGAGCCCGGACAACCGGCCGAGCGAGACACCAUCCAAAACAAAGGUGGAUUUGUCGUCAAACUCCCAGGUGAUGUUCCUCGCGUGGAUGGCCAACUUGCGGUGGCUCGAGCUUUCGGGGACAAGAACCUCAAAGACCAUCUAAGCGCCGAUCCAGACAUCAAGGAAGUUGCCAUCGAGCCGAAAGACGAGUUCCUGAUACUCGCGAGCGACGGACUCUGGAAGGUGAUGAAGAACCAGGAGGCGGUGGAUCACAUCCGGAAAGUUAAAGAUCCAAAGCACGCCGCCGAGAAGCUGACGUCGCAGGCCGUUUUGUUGAAUAGCUCGGAUGAUAUCUCCUGUGUCGUUGUCCACUUAAGGAAGAAAUAAAACGACAAGAGAAUGGAAUCGACACAAAUCAAUACUGUA